AUGUCCAGCCUAGAACUGUGCCAAGCGGCAGUGGUGGUAGCGGUGGUGGCGGCGCCGGUGGCGGCGGUGGCAGCGGCAGCGGCAGCGCUCUCUAUAUCGUGCGCCUUCGCUCCGCGCUCCCCCUCGCCGCGUAUCGCGGAGCCGUCUCCAGCUUCUCCGGCUGGGCGGACGACAACGAUGACGACGAGAGUAGCGACAGCGCUGCCCGCCCGGCAGGUGGCGGUGGACGAAGAGGUGACGGCGACGGGUGGCAGAGUGCCGCGCCGCGCGCGGCUCAGCAAGAACAACCCGCAGGUUAAGGCGUACGCGCAGAUGCUGGAGACGCAGCAGGCGCAGAUCGCGUCGGAAGUGGGCGUGGCUUCGGACAAGAUGGCGUACAGCUAUAAGUACUCGUCCAACGGCUUCUCGGCGGAGCUGACGGCGGAGCAGCUGCGGCGGCUGAAGCGCCACCCCGCCGUGGCGUCCGUGCGCCCGAGCGCGCGCAAGCGCCUCUUCACGACCGAGUCGCCCACCUUCCUCGGGAUGAACAGCGCCGGGUCGCUCUGGCCCGCGAAUGGCGGGCAGGAGAAGGCGGGCGACGGCACGGUGGUUGCCAUCGUCGACACGGGCAUCUGGCCGGAACACCCGUCGUUUAGCGACAAGGGAUUCUCCUCGUCGCGGCCUGCUGGGUGGUUGGGGAAGUGCGACACGACGAAGGAUUUCAAGUGCAAUAACAAGCUCAUCGGAGCGCGCGCGUUUUAUAAAGCGUAUAAAGGCGCCAACGGGCUGGAUCUCUCUGAGGACUGGCUGUCUCCGCGCGACGCCAACGGCCACGGCACGUGGUGUGCGGGAGCGGCAGCGGGAAACAAGGGAGUGCCCAUGGCGGGCGGCAAGGCGAGCGGCAUGGCGCCAGCAGCGCGCCUCGUAAUGUACAAGGUCUUCUGGUCGUCCAGCGAUGGGAUGUGGGCGGAGGAGGCGGACAUAAUCGCAGCCGUCAAUCAGGGCGUGGCGGACGGCGUGGAUGUGAUCUCGCUCUCCCUGGGCGCCGUGAACCCCACCGACACCUACUUUGACGACAUCGCCUUCCUCAACGCCAACCUGGUAUGUCCUUCUCCCCUCCCUGAUCCCCUGUUUUCUCUCCUUGGCUCUCCCGACCUCUUUUCACAUCCCACCUACUUUGACGACAUCGCCUUCCUCAACGCCAACCUGGCGGGAGUGGUGGUGACCUUUGCUGCAGGCAACGAUGGCCCCCCUGGGAGUACCCGCACGCUCGACAACUACGCGCCCUUCUACCUCACAGUCGGCGCCAGCACCAUCGCCCGCGGCGGCCUCACGCUUGCCAUCUCAGCAGGCGCAUCCAGGUCAGCAUCAUCCACCAAUCUGACGUCAUCCUUAGCCACACCCUCAGCCAGCGAUACCGCCCCCAACGUGGCGGAAUUCUCCUCCACGGGUCCCCUCAUUUUCCCCGACAUCGGCACCGGCAACGGUCUGGCCACCGACUCAAUCUUAAAGCCCGACAUUCUCGGCCCGGGCGUGGAUCUUUACGCUGCUGCCCCGGGCACCCGCGUGGGCGACAAGGGCGGGUCGGCUCAGUUGUCCGGAACGUCCAUGGCGACGCCUCACCUGGCGGGGAUCGCUGCUCUGGUGAUGCAGAAGUACCCCUCUUGGAAACCUGCGCAGGUCAUGUCUGCAAUCAUGACCACAGCUACAACCAAGGAUGUCAACGGCGCUGCCAUCUCUAGUGCCGCCUCUGGGCAAGUCGCCACGCCAUGGGAUAUGGGCAACGGGCAUGUGUUCCCACCCAAGGUUCUCGACCCCGGGCUCACGUACGACGCCCGGAAAAGGGCUUAUCUGAAUUUCCUGGCUGGGCUGGACAUGCAGAGGACCCAGUCUGAGUACCCGAAUGAGAAGCUCACCUCUGUGCCUCCCAGAGAGCUCAACCGCCCCACCAUCGCACUUGCCAGCCUCAAAGGCUCGAUCACGGUCACGCGCACCGUCACCAGUGUCGCUACCUCUGCCUCGACUUACACUGCCAAGAUUCAGAAGCCAAAUGGGGUGGAGGUGACGGUAAAUCCCAGCAGCUUCACCAUCUCGCCUGGUAAGAAGGUCAGCUUUGUGGUGACCUUCAAAGUGACUAAGGCUUCGGAGAAAUUUCAGUAUGGGAGCCUCACUUGGGUGGAUGAGAAGGGUCACUCUGUUCGGUCCCCCAUUGCAGUCAAGCCUGUCCGGAAGUGA